CCCCUCAGUGGGCACCCCCUCAGGCUGCUCCAUGGAGACUCUGUGUCCCCCUCCCCGCCUGGCAGUGCCGGCGUCCCCGCGAGGGUCGCCCUGCUCCCCUACACCCCGGAAGCCGCGUCGGGGGACACAGGAGUUCUCUCCGCUGUGCUUGCGUGCCCUUGCCUUCUGCGCCCUUGCCAAACCCCGGGCGUCCUCUCUGGGCCUGGGGCCUGGGGAGCUGGCGCCACGGGCCCCGGUGCUGCGGGGCCCUCGAGCCUCCCUGUGCACCGGCAGCUGGGCCCCGGAUGGUCUGAAGUACCUCGGGGCACAGGCCGGGCAGUUCAGUGAUCCAAAAUACCCGGCGGGCGAGGAUGCCGGUGUCGCGGUGUGCCCGGGCGGCGGAGAGGAAGAAGAGGGAGGAGGCAGCUUCCCGCACUUCGGCGCUCGCUCCGACGCACCUCCGGGCCGCUGCCCGGAGCCCCGGCGUCCUCGGGAAUCUUCGACCAGCUCCGCCUCGGCUCCGCCUGGGCCAGACCAGGGUCUCGAGUCCCAGCCUGAUCCAGCCGCCUGCCCGCCUCAGGAUCCUGGCUCCCUGCCUCCGCCGCCACCUGCGGGCCUCUCCACCGAGCCCGCAUGUCCCGGGGCGGCUCCCGAGCCAUCCCUGCAAGGCCAGGAGGCUGCAGUGGAUGGAAACCCCCCGCUGGCGGCCCCCGAGGCAUCAGCCGUUAGUCCCUCGACGGCCAGCGCAGCUCCGGCCCCGCCGGGCGAUCUCCGCCAGGAACAUUUCGAUCGUCUGAUCCGCCGGUCGAAACUUUGGUGUUAUGCAAAGGGCUUCGCCCUGGACACUCCGAGUUUGCGCCGGGGUCCCGAGCGGCCGCCAGCGAAAGGGUCGGCCCGGGGAGCAGCCAAGAAACGCCGGCGGCCACCUCCGCCCCAGCGCAGCGCGCAGCCCCGCCGCCCUGCACCGACACUCCCCACCAACAGCACCUUCAGCCUUCUGGACGCCUUUCCUUGCCCUCCGGCCCUGGUGGUGGGGGAGGACGGAGACUUAGGGCCUGCAUCUUCGCUUCGCCUACAAGGAGACUCUAAGCCCCCGCCUGCCCACCCCUUAUGGAGGUGGCAGAUAGGGGGACCCGCCGUUCCUGAGCCCCCUAGCCUCAAAUUCUGGGGGGUCAACCUGGAAGAACUCUAAGUGUGGGAUCUGUUCUGCCAAGUUUGGGAAAUUGGGGCUACUGCCAAACUGCGGGCUUGAGGAGACCGCCUCAUUUCCCACAUUUGCCUGUUCCCUUCCUUUAGGUUUCUUGGGCUGUGGGCAGAGAGACCUCAAAUGACAGUGAGCUUUAAGCACCUAAGAGGUCGGGGUGAGGUUCCCUCCAACUCAUCUUUGCAGAGGAACCGAGGGCUGGAGUCGGGAGAAGGCUUGACCCCUUAAGGCUGAAUGACACGGAUUCCAAUCCCUCCUCCACCUCGGCUCUCUGGGGCAGGGCCUUCACACCCCAGGGGGGAGAGAAGGAGGCUGGCUCUGGACUGGGAAAAAAAAGGGGGGUGGUGGGGGAGACCUUGGUGAUGGACAAACCGGUUGUUUCUGCGUUGGAGGGCUAGCCUGGGGGUGUGGGGGCUGUGGUAGGGGUGGGAAGGUGAUUGGCAGCGCCCCGGGGGCAUCCCCACCCCCAUCGCCCAGGCCUUUAACCCUUCACUCCCUACCGGCCUUCUUAGCACCACCAGAUCUGUGAUAGGGGAAGGGGGGCAAAUCACCUCCUUCCUGUUUCCUUCCUAGGGCCCCCUAAGUUGGAGUGACCCCUUAAUUGAUGAAAUCUUCAAUAUCAGCCACCAGCCUUUCCCUUUUGUCCACUUUUGGAGUUUCUUCAGUUUUUCUUUGCUUUUUGUUCAUAAGCUCUGAUGGUAAAAGAGCACCCCCCACCUUGGUAAAUUGGCCUUCUCCCCAAGUUGCUCUUCAUAGGAAGAGGGGCAGUGCUGAGGGACCGCGCCCCAUUGAGGAGUUUGCCUGGGGAAGGGGCUGGGGACUGUCCCAGGGAAAGCAAUGGAAGGUGGAAGAAAUCAAUAAAGUCAGACCAAACAAGUUGCCAUUCGAGGUCCACUCCACAAAUUCAUGGAUGGGAGGGGGGUUGAAGUAGAGGGCUGGCCUGAUUCCGUUCUUUGAACACCCAAACAGCCCCCUAAAGGGUGGAGACAAAACAAGCAGUAUUUUACAGAGUGCUAAAUGAAAGGGCUCUUGGCCUAACCUCUAGGGUCUCCUGGGGUUCGAAGGGGAAAGUUUGGGUUUGGAUGGGACCUGGGCUGAGGUACUUUCUUCCUCCUCUAGCCACAGGCAUUUCGGGAGUUGUCAGGGAUCUGAUGGAUCCGAAGGGGGCAGGGCCAGGGGAUUAGGUUUGAGGUCAGAGGUUCUGUUUUCCAGGCGAGGGGAGAGAUAGGCCUGGGCCACGCCCCAGCCCAGAGGGUUCCCUGGAGUCGUAGAGGGGUGGAAUGAACACUUUCGUCCACCUUUCCAGGUGAGGUCAGAGGAGGCCAGGUCUCAGGGUGAUUCCUGGCUGAGGUGAGGGGCAGUUGUGGGACCCUUCUGCCCAUAUUGCGCUGGUGAAUAGCGCUCCCUCUUCCCCCAAAACCAGGGUGAAGGAGGAAUAAUUCCCACAUACAACACUGGGGAAGGACUUGUCUCCUUUUCUGUGAAAAUGCUUUGUAAAAAGUUGUUAUUGUUUGCAUAGAGCAGAUUCUUGAGAAAAAGUGUUUUGCACCACAAAAUUGUGUGUGUUUUCAAA